AUGGGUUCAAGAUCAGCUCGUUGGCGUCAGAGUUGGGCACCACAACCAUUAACACCCUUAAUGGAAGGUCCUGACCCUGAAAUGCAAGAAGAAGGAACCAAAAAAGAAAGCUCUUGGGAGGCUAUAAGGGAAUGGUUCAAAGCUCAGAAGAUUUCUCCUGGUGCCAACAUUUCAUCCCAACAAUCAUUUUAUGGAACCAUUCAUGCUAAAACACAAGAUUUAAGGUUGUUGCUUGGUGUCCUAGGUUGUCCCUUGGCUCCAAUUCCCUCAGAUCAUGACCCUGCUUUAACCAUUCACAAUCACAUCAAAGAUACCCCAUUUGAAACUUCAACAGCCAAGUACAUCAUACAACAAUACUUAGCUGCAACAGGGUGUUUGAAACAACAAAAGGAGAACAAAAACAUGUAUGCGACUGGAAUGGUGAAGAUGAUUUGUUGUGAAACAGAGAUAUCAUCAGGGAAGAAUGUAAAGUGUUUAGGGACAAGAAGCAGCGAAAAUGGUUGUUUUGUACUUUGGCAGAUGUUGCCAGGAAUGUGGUCUCUUGAAUUGGUUGUUGGAGGCCAUAAGAUUGUUGCUGGUAGCAAUGGUAAAACUGUCUGGAGACAUACUCCUUGGUUAGGUACUCAUGCUGCUAAAGGUCCACAACGCCCACUAAGGCGCAUUAUUCAGGGUUUGGACCCGAAGAGCACCGCAAGCUUAUUCACCAAUGCGCAAUGCUUGGGAGAAAAUCGGAUCGGGAACGUUGAUUGCUUCGUUUUAAAGGUUUGCGCGGAUCGUGAGACGGUGAUCGAAAGAAGCGAGGGACCCGCGGAGGUGAUAAGGCACAUAUUAUAUGGUUACUUUUGUCAAAAGAGUGGACUCCUUAUAUAUUUGGAAGACUCGCAUUUGACUAGAGUUCCAACGCAAGAUAGUGAUACGGUGUAUUGGGAGACUACUAUAGGAAGCAGCAUUGGCGACUAUAGAGACGUGGAUGGAAUUUUGAUUGCGCAUCAAGGAAGGUCGAUUGCGACGGUGUUUAGGUUUGGCGAACUCUCGAUGCAGCAUAGUAGGACAAGAAUGGAAGAGAUUUGGACUAUUGAUGAUGUUAUGUUUAAUGUACCUGGACUCUCAAUGGACCAUUUCAUUCCUCCUGCGGAUAUUCUUGACACUAUAAAUUCUCCAUGA